AUGUCCUCCUCAUCCUUCGUGUGGACCGUAGGGUCCAUCGCUCUUUCUUCCUUGAUCACUCCUACGAUCGCAGACGGCUCUGGUAGCCGUUACCAGCUGACUGAAGCCUGGCAGGGGGAAAAGUUUCUGGAUCAUUUCAAAUUCUUCAGCGGUUCCGACCCAACCAAUGGGUUCGUCACCUAUGCCAACCAGAGCUACGCAGAGAGCUCGGGUCUCAUCGAGGUGACCGAAAGCGGCAGUUUCUACAUGGGCGUUGACUACAAGACCAAGCUCAGCCCGAAUGGUCCGGGUCGGGACUCGGUCCGUAUUGAGAGCAAAGAGUACUAUGAUGAGGGUUUAUACAUUAUCGACCUCCAGCACAUGCCGGGUAGCGUCUGCGGUACGUGGCCCGCUUUUUGGUCGGUGGGUCCUAACUGGCCCUAUGAUGGUGAAAUCGAUAUCAUUGAGGGUGUCAACAAGCACGAAGCCAACGAGAUUGUCCUGCAUACGAGCGGUUCGUGCUCCUUGUCCAGCGAAAACGAUAUGAGCGGUACCAUGACCUCCAGCGAGUGCGGCGAAUCAUCUGGGACUAUCGGCUGUGUGGUCAAGGGCCAGGAUGGUACCUCGGGCGCCCCAUUUAACGAGAAGAAUGGUGGUGUCUAUGCUAUGGAAUGGACCUCGAGCUUUGUUAAGAUCUGGUAUUUCGCUCGCAGUGAAAUCCCCCAGUCGAUUACCGAGGGUAACCCAGACACGACGGCCUUUGGCACCCCGAUGGCUCACCUGCAGGGAACCUGCGACUUUGGCGAGCGCUUCAAGUCGCAAAAGUUCAUCCUUGACACCACCUUCUGCGGCGACUGGGCUGGUGGCGUGUUCGGCGACUCUGGCUGCCCGGUCAGCGACCCCAGCAACCCGAUCCAGAGCUGUGUCAACUAUGUGGCCGAAAACCCUGCCGCUUUCAAGGAAGCUUACUGGGAGAUCAACUACAUUAAGCUGUUCCAGACCGGCACUGGCCAUUCGACCGCAUCCGUUGCCUCGCAAGCUGAGACCGCCACUGCUGUUGCAUCGAACACAGUAGACAGCAUUCCAUCUGUUACCUCCACGGCUAUUCCGGAGACUACCGCUCCUGCCCCGGAGACGGUGUCUGCUGAGGCACCUGCCACUUCGAGCGCAGUUCCCGAGCCCGCCAAUCCCCAGACUAGCGUUGCCGGUGCCGAAACCACUGCCGCCCCAGCUCCGUCUCCCGAGACCACUGCUGCCCCAGCGAGCCCGUCUUUAGAUGACAGCGAUGGCGCCGAUGCUGUCUCGGAGACUACCAUCUAUGUGACGGAGACAACAACCAUUUGCGGAGCCAGCACUCAGAAAGGUACCAUCCAGACUAUUGGCGGUGGAGAGACCGAAGUCUCGCCGGCAAGCUCUACGGUCGAGUCCGCGGCCACCCCGGCUGCUCCCACGCCAACCUCCCAGAAACCUGUGGCUUCGCUGCCCGGAACCACUGUGAACGGCGGUACUCCUGUUCCGACGGACGUUUCUCCCGAAACUCCUGCCGAGGAGACGGCUGGUGAGUCCGGUGCACCGACCCCAAGUGCUGAACAGCCCGAACAGCCUCAGCCCGCCGCAACCAGCAUCGAGACAGGCACCGUUCCCCCGGCUGUCUCGAACCCGGCCCCUACUGAGCAGGGCACUCCAGAGGGAGCUAGCCCAGUUGACGCCACCGAGUCGCGACAUGACUCCGACGAGCCCGCACCUACGAGCGCUGCCCCCAUCCGCAGCCCUUCUCCUUCGUCCUGGACCAUCAGCUCCUCGAGCCGUGUUGCAUCGUCUUCUAGCUUUGCUUCCACCACCAGCUCAGCGAGCCGCACCACCUCUGCUACCAAGGAGGCUACCGCUCCCACGGAGACCGAUUCAGGCGCCUCGACCGGGACUAAUCCCGAAAGCCCUGUCUUCACUGCCGGCGCGAGCAAAUCUGUAGGCAUCUCGGGCCUGACUGGUAUUGUUUGUGGUAUUGCUAUGGCCAUGUUGGCCUAA